UCGAGCCUAUAAAUCCACUCCAUUCCUUCGCCCCUCGGAAAUCCCUCUCUCUCUCUCUCUCUCUCCCUCUCUACAGGCUCAUGCUCUGUUUCUGCCGUCCUGAACAGAGCAUGGCGAGUCCUGCAUUUUCUUGCUUCCUCCUCCUCAUGUCCACCUUUGCUCUUGCAGAGUCAGGGUCGAUCGGAGUGAACUGGGGUCGAAUAGCCAACGACCUCCCGCCGCCGCCGAAAGUGGUGGAGCUCCUGAAAUCGCAGGGCAUCACCCGGGUCAAGCUCUUCGACACCUACGACGGCGCCCUCACGGCCCUCGCCGGCUCCGGCAUAACCGUCGUCGUCACCCUCCCCAACGAGCAGCUUUCCUCCGCCGCUGCGGACCAGUCGUUCACAGACUCGUGGGUGCAGUCCAACAUCUCCAAGUACUGUCCCUCCACCAAGAUCGUCGCCAUUGCCGUGGGCAACGAGGUCUUCGUCGACCCCAACAACACCACCGAUUUCCUCGUGCCCGCCAUGAACAACAUCCACGCCUCCCUCGUCAAAUACAAUCUAUCCGACAUAUAUGUGUCUUCUCCGAUCGCGUUGAGCUCGCUCCAGACCUCCUACCCGACUUCUGCCGGGUCGUUCAAGUCGGAUCUUGUUGAGCCCGUGAUUAAGCCCAUGUUGGAGUUCCUUCGCAAGACCGGGUCGUACCUCAUGGUUAAUGUCUACCCGUUUUUCGCUUACUCGGCCAAUUCGGAUCAGAUCUCACUGGACUACGCGCUGUUCAAGCAGAAUCCGGGCGUCGCGGAUUCCGGCAACGGAUUGAAUUACUACAGCCUCUUCGAUGCCCAAGUAGAUGCUGUCUAUGCCGCUAUGUCGGCCCUCCAAUACAACGACGUCAAGCUGGUCGUGACGGAGACUGGCUGGCCAUCAAAGGGCGAUUCGAACGAAAUCGGUGCAGGCGCGGAGAACGCAGCGGCGUACAACGGGAACCUGGUCAAGCGGGUCCUGACCGGGAACGGGACGCCGUUGAGGCCGAACAAUACCGUGGACGUGUACUUGUUCGCGCUUUUCAACGAGAACCAAAAACCGGGUCCCACGUCGGAGCGGAACUACGGGCUGUUUUACCCGGACGAGCAGAAGGUUUACAGCAUACCGCUCACGAUGGAGCAGCUGACUAGCGGGGAGAGCAACGUGAGCAAGGCCCAGGUCCCAACCCCCACCGCGGGCCAGACGUGGUGCGUGGCCAACGGGAGAGCCGGGGAGGAGAAGCUGCAGGCGGCGCUGGACUACGCCUGCGGAGCGGGAGGGGCCGAUUGCCGGCCCAUCCAACCAGGCUCUGCUUGUUACAACCCGAACUCCCUGGAGGCGCACGCUUCAUACGCAUUCAAUAGCUAUUACCAGAAGAAGGCCCGUGGGAUGGGGACAUGCCAUUUCGGCGGCACAGCCUAUGUGGUGACACAACCGCCUAAGUACGGGGAGUGCGAAUUCCCCACGGGAUACUAGAGAGAGAGAGAGAUAUAUUCUUUCAACCAAGUCAAGAAACGGCGGCGUUUGGCGGAGACUUGGCCAUGGAUUUGGUGUUGGGCUUUAAGCUCAUUCUCAUUCUUUGCUUCUCGACCUGGACAGCAGCUUAUAGCUUACAAUUGGGAUUGGUGCUUUUUGCCUUGGGGCAUUUUUUGUCUUUUUACGGGAGGAGGGUUAGGUUUACUUUUGGUCACCAGCUUCCUUGACUGUUCCGUCCGUAAUUAUUUCCCUCCCCACCCUUCUUAUUGUUAUUUAACCUUGAUAUUAUUAUAAUACAUUAUCGGUUUUACUUGA